AUGAACGAGGUAACAGACAUGCACUGCCAGAAGAAGUGGAAGAUGGAUCCUGCGAAAUACGCCUCCAGUGACCCUGGAUCGCCGGUGAAGCUCUGCUUUGUGACAGUCGGGGCCACGGCCUCCUUCAACUCGCUUCUUCGGGAGGUCUUGAGCCCUUUCUUCCUCGGCGCGCUGCGAAAUGAAGCAUAUACCCAUCUUCUCCUCCAGGUUGGCCAGCUAGGUUAUCAGGUCCUUGAUGAGUUCUUACAGGAAAACGGCCCGGAUAUCAAGGAGAAAUUUGGCCUGACAAUUGAAGGCUUCGACUACAACGUGGACGGCUUGAAGCAGGAGAUGAUGGCCGUCAAGGCUAAUCCCGCACUCUAUAGACAAGAAGGAAUGAUUGUGAGCCAUGCAGGCUCCGGGACUAUCCUAGAAGCAAUGCGCUUUGGAGUCCCAUUGGUCGUGGUCCCGAACCCCGAACUCUUGCACAACCAUCAGGUUGAGCUCGCCCACCAGCUAUCUUCCGCUGGGUAUGUCUUGCACGGUAAAUUGGGAUCUCUUGCCUCCACGGUUACAGAGACAGAAAAUUUCCGUACUAAGCUCCAUGCCUGGCCACCGGUCACUAGCACCGAAGGCAACUUCGGUAGAGGGUUAGCCGGGGUAAUGGAAGAUGAACUAGGAUUUCUCGACUAAGACGCCUCCCUGGAUAUAUAUCACGAC